AUGCGCAACUUCACUUCUGAUCAAAGAUCAAAUGCCGUUGGUAUUUCACAGUCUCUAGCUAUGGCAUAUGUUAUGGAUCAGAAAGCAAUGUUACUUCAGCAAUCAACAUGGAAAAAUAAUGUCAGGAUGAAUAAUUUGGUUGAGCAAAUCCAUGGUCCACUUUCAAGCAUUCAAUCCUUGAGUAAAAUCCUGUCUACACAAACAAAGAAAAGUCAGAUUUCACAUGACAUUGUUGAGGAUAUCUUGGUGCUAGGUGAUCGUUUGAGGGAUGUUCUCCAUCAACUUCAGGAUGUUGUAUAUGUGACGAAGACUAAUAUUAUGCGCCACAAUGAAGAAGCAAUCGAGGAAAUGAAUCACAUGCUUGCUGAAUCAGAAAAAACUCAAUCGCUAGAUAGUUCUCUAGUGGACAAGCUGCUUGUGGAAUGCAACUUUCCAUCUAUAUGCAUUCAUUCUGGAAUGUCCCAGGAAGAAAGGUUGAAGCGUUAUAAAGGUUUAAAGGAGGGACAUACCAGGAUUCUUGUAGCAACCGAUUUGGUUGGCAGAGGAAUUGACAUUGAACGCGUGAAUAUUGUGACAAACUAUGACAUGCCUGACUCUGCAGACACAUGCUUACACAGAGUUGGCCGAGCUGGAAGGUUUGGCACCAAAGGCCUUGCAACUACAUUUGUUUCAUGUUCACCCGAUGUUGACGUUCUCAAUAAUGUUCAGUCCCGGAUUGAGGUGGAUAUGAAACAGCUUCCUGAGCAGAUUGAUACAUCUACAUACAUGCCAUCACUUUCGUCCGGAAAUCCACCUCAAGCUGCUGUUGCUGUUGCGGAAACCAGUUCGCCUAAUGAAACCGCCGACUCAAUUACACAAACUGACCAAGGAAAAUCUUCAAGUUCAGACCAAUACCCCGAAAUUUCACUGUAG